AUUUCGUGAGUUUGACAUUUGGCGUCCUCCGCGAUGACUGAAGCAGCGAGAGUCUGACGAGGAAUGUUUGUCGAGUUUCUCCCUCACUUCUAACAGUUUCUACUCGAAACCAGCAGCUUUUGUCAAUACUUGUUAUGUCUUAGUUUUGAUUUUUUUAAAAACAAUUUCGUGAAUUGCGGGGACACUUUUAAUUUUUAACCAGCUGUUUUUAAAGGAACACAUUAAAGGAGACGUUGAACUGCUAACGGUAGCAGUUAGCGUUCACUGUAAACGUCACUGUAAAAGUGAACGAACGGAAAGCUAAUUUAGCCAACUGUUACCGGAUCGCGACAGAGUUGAAACUUUUAACUUGACUUUGUUUCGUUAUUCGGCUUCUUUUGGGGAUAUUUUCGGUGUCCAAAACCUCGAAACUUUCGCGGAAAAUUCAACAAAAAUGGAGCCCGAAAGUCGCAGCUAACAGUUAGUUAAAUGAGGAGCAAGCACCCUGGGGAAACAGUGUGAAGUUCCGCUUUGUAAUAGCUCUCCUCGUGGUUUCCACCACACCAGUUGGCUUAUACACAUUUUGUCCAGUGUGCGAACCAGUCAGGAUGGCCGGGGACUCCACUGUAAACUUUAACCUCCUCCACCGGACCUGUAAAGUGGUGGUGUUACUAUGUUUCCUCCACAUCUCCGUCACUGUUGUCUUCUACGUACGGUCUUUGGACAUCCGGUUCGCCUUCGUCCAGAACCAGCAGUCCCAUAAUGCUGUCACACAACCAAACCAGGCCAGAAACACCGAGUUCGCCUCUAAAACCAAAGCGAAGGAGGUAUCUGUUGGGGUCCAGCAGCAGGAAGCGAAACCUCCUGAACCGAAGCCGGAGCAAAAAACGGAAGCGCCAGUCAAGAAGCUGGAGAAAUGUCCUGAAACAUCACCUCUGCUGGUGGGGCCUCUUCGGGUGGAGUUUAAUAUUCCUGUGAAUAUGGAGCAGAUUAAGAAAGACAAUCCCAACCUGCAGCCAGGCGGGCGCUUCAAACCCAAAGACUGUGAGGCGCGGCAGAAAGUCGCCAUUAUCAUCCCCUUCCGCAAACGAGAUGAACACCUGAAAUACUGGCUGUACUACCUACACCCAAUCCUGCAGAGACAGCAGCUUGACUACGGCGUCUAUGUCAUCAACCAGGAUGACAAUGAGAUCUUUAACCGGGCAAAGCUGCUGAAUGUGGGCUAUGUGGAGGCGCUGAAAGAGUACGACUACGAGUGUUUUGUUUUCAGCGACGUCGACCUGAUCCCCAUGGACGACCGCAAUACGUACAAGUGUUUCAGUCAGCCUCGACACCUGUCUGUGUCUAUGGACAAGUUUGGCUUCAGGUUACCUUAUAAUCAAUAUUUUGGAGGAGUUUCUUCCAUGAGUAAACAACAAUAUCUGAAGAUCAAUGGAUUCCCAAAUAACUACUGGGGCUGGGGAGGGGAGGACGACGACAUCUACAACAGGCUGGCGUCUAAAGGGAUGUCCAUCUCCAGACCGAGCGGUGAGGUUGGAAAAUGUCGGAUGAUCCGACACAACAGAGACAAACAGAACGAGCCGAACCCUCAGAGGUUUGACCGAAUCGCUCACACCAGAGAGACAAUGUACAAAGAUGGGAUCAACUCUCUUUCCUACAAAGUGGUGAAAAUAGAAAAGUUUGACCUCUUCACUAAGAUCACAGUGGAUGUGGGGAAGCCAUGAUGAGGAGCAGUGGACUGACAGGAGAAUGAGACUGGACUGAUGCAGUAAAAACCAGAUGUGCCUUUGACGCUUGAAUCUUUAAAUGUUUGGUCCUUUUGGAUCAGAUGCGCUGGACUUAGACAGCUGUUACUGCUGUUUCUGCAAUUCUUGUUUUUGCACAGACAGACAGACUCAAAGUUUGUGUGUGUGUUUUGUUUGUUUGUUUGUUUUUUUCUCUGUGGGGCCUUGAGGAUUUGUCUCUGCUUGAACACUGAGUGUAAGAAAUCGGCUUUGUUUGUCAGUUAGACGCUGCUGCUGCUGCUGCUGCUCAUGCAACACAUCCUGCACAGGCCUUUAAUUUUGAAAAUAAGAGACAAUCAGAAAUGCUGGGUGACGUGGUGUGGGCUUUAAAUGUGGGGGAUUAUGGGUAAUAAACAGGGUAAGUUUAGAUCUGGUCUGUUCCAAAUCCUGGUUCUAUUAGCUGAUCUGGAUUGUGUUGAAUCCAAACACAUGGUCCAGUUGCAUAUAACAAUCAGAAGUGAAAUCUGAUUUGAAAAGUUAAAAGACAGCAGACGCUUCCAUGAAAACGAAAACUCACUUCAGAGUUCAAAGAGCACAAAAUUAAGGAGGUUUUAACUUCCUGUGACUGCCUCACAGUAAAAACCUGCUAUUGGUUUGCUCGUAGGAAUGUUCAGUUCACAGCAACAGUAAGUUAUCUUAUAGCUACACUGUAGGAGUCGGUGAACAGCUGAAUUGGACUCCAUGAAUGUUCAGCAGCGACUGAUCCUGUUACAAAUUACCUUUUUAUUUUUUGAAACUCAUUUAUGAAUACUGCCACUAACCCCCCAAGCCAGGAAACCGUUGGUAUAUGCAUGGAAACAGGAAGGCAGAAGUGAAAGUAAACUUCAAACCACAGAUUCAGCUAGAACAAUGAACCUCUAUCUGUGUAUCAGCUUUUAUACAAAUCACUGAUUCAAAUUUACUAUAGAUAUUAUGCAAGUGUUUGAAGAAAUACAUCAAAAAGUGUCAAACAAAAGGUAAAACGGCUGAAUUAUAGGAGACCAAUAAAAAUGAGAAAUACGAUAAAAUGAAGUCUCAGAAAUAAUACUGCUGUGUUUACUGACAAUCUGUGGAAUCAGUUACAUUUCGGAACCAGAAUCUAAACACCCAGUGUGCGUGUGUGUGUGCGUGUGUUUGUUUGUUUCUAACUGUAUAAUAAAUAGGGGACAGAGCCACCUGUUGGUUUGUUGACUAUGGUUUUGAAGCCUUGAGUUUGGCAUUAAUGUUUUGCCAUCUUGAUGUUUUUGGAGCCAGGAGUGAAAUCAUAUUUGGAUGAAAGGAUGGAGCUGGGGAGGACAUCCUGAGUGGGUCUGACUGAGAACCCCACCCUAAAACAUCCCUUAACUUAUGGUCUGUUUUACUCUAAAUUUGACCAUAAUUUACAAAAUGAACAUCGUGCUGUAUUGAAGAAGACUUGAAACUGGCGACUGAGGUCAUAAAUGAACAGACAAGUAGACUGAUUUUCUCAAAAGCCUAUGUACAAUCAGAGCUAUUUUUGAAACCAGUGGAGUCGCGCCCUGCAGGUCAUUAGAAAGAAUGUAGGUUCAAGGUUUCUCUUUUCUGACUAGGAAACUCAUACUGUCUACGGUGUGUGUGCGUGUGUUUGUUUUUUCAGGUGAGUUUCCCAUCUCACAGGUGAAUGAGUCCACUUUUGAUGGUCUCACAUUUCUUGUUUCUUUUCGUUCACAACAAUCCCAAAGUUCAUUUAAGUUAUAUAUAUAUAUUACAUUAAAAAUAGAUCCUGAUCAGCUUUCAACCAAAAUAUAACCAGAGAGUCCAAAACCAGUUGAUUGUACCUCCAAGUGGCCUUAGCUGCUGGUACCAAAGCGUUAAUGAGACCACCUGACAGCUGCAGGUCUUCAUCCCAUUUAUUUAUCUCAAAAUAUCAAACAUUUAUUAUCCAGAUGAACUUUGACACUAUCAACCCAUCUGUGUGUAUGUAUAUGUGCAUGUGUGUUAUUAUGCUGUUUUCUAUCUUGAAUGUUGAAUUGCCUUACUAGUUGUCGACAGGUUUGUUUGUUUCUCUGCAGACCAAAUAAUUCUUCAUUAUUAUAUUUUUAAUAAGUGAAUGAAUCACCUUUAAUGUGCCUUAAAAUGAAUUCAAUGUAAGUGAUUGAACUGAUGGAGGGACCCAGUCUGUGUAAAUGUACAAUGAUGAAAAUGUGAUGAUGAAAAAUAGAAUAUCUGAACUCAA